GUAUAAAUUAUGCAACAGUAGAUUAUAUUUCUCAAAACGAAAGUAAAUAAUCAUGUAAGACGUGGAUGUCGAAAUUAAUGAGAUAUCGUCCAAUAUUUGUAAAUGAUUUAGUCAAAGCAGUAUUAAGUACCUCAUUACGUAAAUAAGCACAACGUGAGUUUUAGAAAGACACUAAAUUGAUAUAAGAUCAUAUAAGGCCGCUGUGUUAUCUGCAUUGCUGUUCAUUGAAAAAAUCUAAUAUUCAUGAUUCUUUGCGUGAUUCUUUGCAUAAGUGCGGAAAUGCAAAUCCUGAUGAAUGCUAAUAUAGAAUGACAGCAGCAUCUAAGCCUUUGGCUUCAAAGGAGGAGAAAAACUUUCUGAGGCUUUCCCUUCUUUUGUUUAAAUUAUCUUUUUCGGCUGUUAAAUUUAUCUUCGACCAAGAAUUUUGCCCAGAAACGCUACAAAAAGAAAUCUCCAAGAAAAAGAACUGGGAUAUACUUUUUAAUCUAAAGAAGAAGAAAACGAUUAGUGGACCUCAAUGGGAUUCUCUUUUUCCACCAAAAGGAUUAGAACUUCAGUCUUCAAACCUUGAUAUUACAUUAAUGAUAUGCCUACUAAGAAAUCUGGCAGCCAUCGAUGUCUAUGACCGUCAACCGCGGGUAGACUAUAACAUUGACUUCAGUGUAGGAACGGCGAUAUCUACAAUUAAAUUUUACAGAAACAAGUUAGCGCAUAUAGAUAAUUGUUCUGUAUCAGAUCUUACAUUCAACGAAAUGUUUGAUGAUGUAGCUAAGGCUAUUGUCAAACUAAAUCCAGCUCUAGGCAUAGAAUGUGAUCCAAUUAGGCAUGGAACAUUUGAUAAAAACUUAGGAAUCUUAACAGUAUUGCACGAAGUGUGCCAUGAUGGAAAUUACGAAUUGGCAAAAUCGUUGAUAUUACAAGGAUUGCCGGUAAAUGAGGAGAACUAUUUUGGUUUAACCCCGCUUCAUUUAGCAUCACACGAAGGUCAUACAAAUAUAGUUAAACUUUUACUCGACAAUGGGGCUACAGCUGUCGUCAACAAAGGAAAUAUAAACGGAUCAAGGCCAUUGCAUUUUGCAUCUCACGAGGGUCAUAAAGAGAUUGUAGAAAUUUUGCUUCAGCACGGAGCAGAUAUACAUCAAGGAAAUAACAAUCAAUCAAAACCUAUACAUUUGGCAACUCAUGAAAAUCAUAUCGAUAUUGUGAAAUUUUUGAUUGAAAGUGACGCAAACGUCAACGACAUCAAUAAGAACGGUUCCACCCCACUGCAUUUGGCAAGUUAUAAUAAUCUUACAGAAAUGGCAGAGUUCCUGAUUAAAAAUGGCGCGGACAUAAACAGAGCAAAACUGGACAAACGUACGCCAUUACAUGUUGCUUGUAGAGCUGGUAACCCUGGAAUUGUUAGUCUAUUGGUCAGAAAUAAGGCAUUGGUGGAUCAAAGAGAUAAAGAUGGCCGAACAUCUUUAUUUUAUGCCAAAGACAAUGGAAACAUAGAAAUAAUCUCAAUUUUACAGACAAUGGAUCAUUCUGCAGAAAAUGAUCAAAAUGCAUUUUAUAUGUUUAUGUUUUUCUCAUGUGUGAUCAUUAUUUGCGGUGUAUUGAAGCGCUAUGUUUAAAAAAAAACUCGCUAUUUGUAAUAAAAAAAAGAUCAUUACAACAUGUAACAAUAGUGUUAAUAUAAACAAUUCUCUUCAG